AUGGAAAAAGCUGAAGAUAAGAAGGAAAUCAAAAGAAACAAUGGGAGAAAGAAGGAAGAGAAAGGAAAGGGAGGUAACACAUGUGGACUCGGCCUAGGUGGACUCGGCCUAGGUGGACUCGGCCUAGGUGGACUCGGCCUAGGUGGACUCGGCCUAGGUGGACUCGGCCUAGGUGGACUCGGCCUAGGUGGACUCGGCCUAGGGGGACUCGGCCUAGGUGGACUCGGCCUAGGUGGACUCGGCCUAGGUGGACUCGGCCUAGGUGGACUCGGCCUAGGUGGACUCGGCCUAGGUGGACUCGGCCUAGGUGGACUCGGCCUAGGUGGACUCGGCCUAGGUGGACUCGGCCUAGGUGGACUCGGCCUAGGUGGACUCGGCCUAGAUAAGUUAAGUGAGCUUCUGCUAGAUGCCCAGAGCAUGAUAGGGCAACUGAUAAAUUAUUACUGA